AUGAAGCCCUCCAAAGUUCUCAUUGACUCUCUACAGUCUCAGACUACUGUCCAAUUCUCUCUCCCUUCUAAGCCUCUUGACUCCUCUGCCAACUCCAGCUCCCACUUUCCUACUAACCUCUUCUACGAGCCCACCUCUGUUCUUGAUCCCCACCUCACCUCCAGCCCCGCCGCCGCGACCGCCGCCGCUGGCGGGGGCGGAUCCGACGUCCCCCCUCUCCCGUGGGACUCCCACCACCGACAACACCUCCUCCACCCUCCGCCGCCCCCGCCACCCCCCUCCGACGACUGGGACUCCGUCGCCUGGCUCCUCUCCGAAAAGGACGGCCUUUCCAAACCCCCACACCACCCCCAGUUCCACUUCUCCGAGGGCGACAGCCCUUCGUAUGCCUCGUUGUUCGAUGGCCCCUUCGACCUUCCCGAGCCCUUCGACGCCUUGCCUCCCUUCUUCGACGCCGCCGUCACCGUCUUCUCCCCGACGCCGGCCUUCGACCGGACCCACCUCGAAUUGCUCCUCCAAGCCGCCCACUCUGUCGAAUCCAGCGAUUUCGCGACAGCCCACGCGAUAUUGGCGCGGCUCAAUCAAUACCUCCCCGCCUCCGCCGGUUCCCCCCUCCAAAGAGUCGCCUUUCACUUCAAGGAGGCUCUUUUGGCCCUCCUUCCCCUCCCCGACCGCCCGGCCGCCGAACCGCCCCUCUCCGUCGUCGAGAUCGUCCGCCGAAUCAGCGCCUCCAAGGCCUUCUCUGAUCUCUCCCUUGUGCCCCAGUUCGCCAGCUUCACCGCCAACCAGAUCCUCCUCGAAGCCCUCGACGCCGCCGCUGCCGCCUCCGGAGGCGGAGGACUCAGCUCCGUCCACCUUAUCGACUUCGAGAUCGGGCUUGGGGGGCAGUGGUCCUCCUUCGCUCAGGACGUCGCCGCCCGGAGCCGCGCCGCCCGCGCUCCGCCGCCGAGACUCCGGAUAACCGCCGUCGUCACGGAGGAGACCCAGGAGACUGCUCUCGCCGCCGAGAACCUCCGCGACUUCGCCGGCGGCCUCGGCCUCCGCCUCGCCGUCGACUUCGUCAGCGUGGGCGGCCUCGGCACCCUCGCCCUCAGCGGCAUCCGCCUCGCCCUUGGCGAGCCCGUCGCCGUCGUCCUCACCCCGGCCAUAUUCCGUCUCCUCGGCGCCCCGGAGCCAUCUGCCGCACUUCUCCGCUUCGUCCGCCGGGCUUCCCCUCGCGUCGUCGUCUUCAUCGAUACCGAGGGGAGCUGCUCCAGCGGCGCCGCGGCGGCGCCACUGCCGUCGCUGCGGCGGAGCGUGGCGGGUGGGAUCGAGCACUACGCGGCGGUGCUGGAGUCGGUGGAGGCGGCCGGGCCGGGGGAUGAGCGGGUUCGGUGGGUCGAGCGGACCGUGGUCCGGCCGAGGAUUUUCUCGGCGGUCGGAUCGUGGGGGUCAGACCGGGGCGGAGGGUGGAGGGAGACGUUGGCGGGGGCAGGGAUGGCGCCGACCGAGUUCAGCGAGUUCGCCGAGUCGCAGGCCGAGUGGCUGGUCCGGCGGUCCCCGGUUGACGGAUACCACGUGGCCAGAGGGGAGGGCUCCAUGGUGCUGAGCUGGCGAGGGAAGGAGCUGGCCGCCACGUCAGCCUUUAGGUGCUGA